CGCGUCACGCGUCAUAGGGAGGCCGCAAAUAAUUAAAUAAUGAGGUUGGUGUCUUGUUCGUUCUUUUCGCCAUGAAGUAGUAGUGAGCACUCAAUCUAGUGCUGAUGGUUCCCAGAAGAUAGUGCUACUAUGAUUGAUGUGUGGAUGUCUUUGGAGAGGAGGUAUCUUGGCCCAAAUUCCUUUGAUUGAAGUGGGUUGAAGAAAGCAGCUCGGAAUGGCUCCACUCCCUCAUAUCAAACCUCCGCAUGCGGUGACAGGCCAAGAGCGUCUCAUCCUCUUCGGCCUCUUUUCCGUUGCAGCCAUAUCAGCUGCGCGCAUCCAUUUCGUCGGUGACCCAGUAAAGAAAUACAACGAACAUGUCAAACAACUUCAAGAUCGGGAUAAGAGAAACCAAAGCCUACAACAGCAAGUGGACAAUAGGGACCACACGAUUGUGACUCUCAAUGCACGGGUUACACGCCACGAAGGAACGAUUGACACACAAGUACGAAACAUCGAGACUUUAAAUAACGAGAUCGAUGAAAAGCGGAACCGGAUACAAGAGCUGGAGGUCGAGGUGAUACCCCUACGGCGACUUCAAGCACAGGAGCCGGAGCUGAGACGCCACAUAGCCGGGAUGGAAGCGGAGCCUGUGCGAUUGCGAGCUAUUCAAAGCGAACUUGAAGAUUUGAGACCAAGAGUGGGAGAGAUGAGGGAUCGGGACCGGAUAUUAAGGAGGCAGGUCCAAGAGAAGGAUACUGAGCUCCAAGAAGUGACUUCCAGGAACGAUGUACUGGUUCAAAGGAUGGCAUAUAUGCAACAGAGGCUUGCAGCGACGGGACAUGAUGGACAUUGAAGAAGACUGGUGGCUGAGAUAGCUAUUGAUGAAUGAAACAGCUCGGAAGAAGGAAUCUUUCUGUGUUAAUCUAGGAGG